AUGGAUAAUCUCCCCGAAGCUUGCAUCGCCCACAUCCUUUCCUUCACAUCCCCCCCUGAGGCCUGUAGGCUUUCCUGUAUUUCUUCCUCCUUCCUUUCCGCCGCCGUCUCCGACGCCCUCUGGAAUUCCUUCAUCCCUCCCGAUUGCCUCUCCUUCCUUUCUCCUCCCCCCUCCUUUCCUUCCAAGAAGGAUCUCUUUCUCUCUCUCUCCCAGCAACCCCGCCUCAUCGACAACGGUCUUAAGAGCUUUUGGCUGGAUAAAUUUAGUGGGGCAAAAUGUUUCAUGCUGUCCUCGAGAAGUCUCUAUAUUGUCUGGGGUGACACUCCCGUGUAUUGGACGUGGCUUUCGGUGCCGGAAAGCAGGUUUACGGAGGUUGCUGAACUUCGUGACGUGUGUUGGCUGGAACUUGGAGGGUACAUCAACACGCGCUUGCUGUCUCCUUCAACUCUGUAUGCCGCUUACCUUGUGUUUAAAUUAACGGCUCACACCAAGGGGCUCAAAAACAAGCCGGCGGAGGUCUCCAUUGGGAUUGCCGGGAAUAAAAGCAAGCGAUUCGUCUAUUUGGUUCCGAGAGAAGCACAAAGCCGUGCCAUUCCACUAGAGAAUCUUAAUCAACAGUAUCCAAACAAGAGAGCAGAUGGAUGGUUGGAGAUCGAAUUGGGGGACUUCUUCAACGAAGGAAUAGAUGACCAGGAGCUAGAAAUGACCGUUUUUAAACUCACUGGAAAGUGGAAGAGGGGCCUUGUCAUUGAAGGAUUAGAAAUUAGGCCCAAACGCACUUAGUGAAUGGUGAACCUACGCUGCGAGUUUCUGAUAGAUCUUAUUUAUCUCCAUAUCAGGUCAGUGAAGUUAUGUAAAAUUAAGAGCUUCACUUCCUUCUCUAUCGAAUCUUUGUAAUAGUGUGUGUUAAUCGAGUUGGACAAUACUAUGGCCUUCUUAUUGCAAA